GCGCAGGGCUGGGGGCGGCUGGCUAGCCUGGCAGCUCCGGCCGCAGGAAAGAGCGGAGGGGGUGCCGUACUGGGAAGGGCCGGCAGUCGCCGCCGCUGCCUCCGGAGAGGGUCACCCCGCCUCAUUCACGGCCCACCCGCCCGCCCCACUCGCUGCAGAGGACGCUGCGCCGGAUCCUGAUCGCGCCGACUCCCCCGCGGCACGUCGGACGCGGCUGGGCCACGAUGCCCGCCGACCUGAUGGAAAAGAGCUCCUCCUCGCCGCCGGCGGCCACCCCGACCAGCGCGCACGCCACCCCGGACAAGCCCCGCACCGCCGCCGAGCAGCGGAAGGUAAAGGAGGAGGCGGGCGGGGGUCCGGGCGGGGGAGCGGGGCGGGGGCGCCUCUGCGCGGCUCGGCCCACCGCUGAGCUCGCCUUCUCCCCACAGUCGUCCAAGCCAGUCAUGGAGAAACGGCGCCGCGCCCGGAUCAACGAGAGCCUGGGGCAGCUGAAGACGCUCAUCCUGGACGCCCUCAAGAAGGACAGCUCCCGACACUCCAAGCUGGAGAAGGCUGAUAUCCUGGAAAUGACGGUGAAGCACUUGCGCAGCCUGCAGCGGGCUCAGAUGACCGCCGCGCUCAACACGGACCCCUCCGUCUUGUGCAAGUACCGAGCGGGUUUCAACGAAUGCAUGACCGAGGUGACUCGCUUCCUGUCCUCCUGCGAAGGGGUCAACACGGAGGUCCGCAACCGGCUGCUUGGACACCUGGCCGGCUGCCUGAGUCAGAUCAGCGCCUUGAACUACCCCGCCCUGCAAUCUUCAGCGCUGCCUCCGGCGCCCUGCGCCCAGCACGGAGCCUCUUUGGGGCAGCCUCUGGUACAGAUGCCCGCCGGCACAUCGCCCCCUUCUGGCAGCGUGGCUUCCUGCAAGCUCAGCAAUCCGGCCGGCGAGAGCGCCAAGGGCGGCGGCGGCUUCCAGCUGGUGCCGGCUUCCGACGGGCAGUUCGCCUUCCUUAUCCCCAACGCGGCCUUUGCAGCGCACGGCAGUGCGGUCAUCCCUCUCUACGCCAGCUCGGGCCCUCCCGCAGCCAGCCUCCCUUCAGGAUCGGGUGCCCCGUCGCUCCCGGCAGACUCGCUCUGGAGACCCUGGUGAGCGCCCGGGAGCGCGCCUUGGCCCCGGACUCAGGGAGCAGCAGGCCCGUCGGUGGCCGCCGCCCCAUGACCGCCCGUCUGGAUUCUGUUCCCUGGCCGCCUCGGAGCUUCGUCUCUCCGCCUGUCAAUAGGACCCACCGUUCCCGUUGGGCUGGGCCUUCCCCCUGGGCCGCGUCCCCUCUCCUGCGUGGGUGGGGGAGAGGCUGUGUGUGUGUGUCCGAAUGUACUUUCCCUCCUUAUCUUUCAACCUGCCUUUUUUUCUAUUUCUAAGCAAUACCAAAGAUUGA